GUGCUGCCCGCCUCGUGGCGCGCCUACCACUCCCCGCCGGCCAGUCCUGACGGCCUCUCCGGGGUACCCUACGACACCAGCUUCGCCAACAAGGAGAUCCACCGACCCGUCUCCGUGCCCGAGCAGGCUGAUGUCGUCAUCAUUGGUGGAGGCAGUCUGGGCUGCCAGACCCAGUACCACCUGGCCAAGAUGGGAGUCACCAACACUGUGUUGCUGGAGAAACACUCGCUGACCGCCGGAACCACGUGGCACACGGCAGGCCUGGUGUGGCGGCUGCGGCCGAGCGACACCUCGAUUGCGCUGCUGGGCCACAUGGUGACGCAGAUGCCGCGACUCGAGGAGGAAACGGGCAUGGAGAUCGGCUGGAUCAACAACGGCGGUCUCUUCAUCGCCAACAACCGGCAGCGGUUCGACGAGUACCGCCGGCUGAGCACCAUCGGCAGCGCGCUGGGCAUCGAGAACCAGAUGCUCGCACCCUCAGACGUCCACAAGGUUCACCCUCUGCUUAACACCUCCGACAUGUACGGCUGUCUGUACUCUCCGGGUGACGGCACCAUUGACCCGGCCGGCCUCUGCUCGGCGCUCACCCGCUAUUGCACGAGACAGGGCGCCAAGGUGCUGGAGGGCUGUGGAGUGUCGGCCAUCGAGACUGAGGAGUACCGGGGCUCGCGCCGGGUCACCGCCGUCGUCACGCCCCAGGGGCGUAUCAAGACCGGCGCGGUCGUUAACGCCACAGGCGCGUGGGCCAACUACAUCACAGAGAUGGUCGGGAUCCACAUACCGCUGAUGGCCAUGAAGCACGCCUACGUCGUCACCGAGAAGAUCCCCGGCAUCGAGAUGACGCCGAACGUGCGAGACCACGACGCGUCGGUGUAUCUCAAACUACAGGGCGACGCACUCAGCGUCGGCGGCUACGAGUACAACCCCAUCAUCAUGGAUCAGGUGGACCGCGACUUUCCGUUCGGGCUGUUCGAGCUCGACUGGGACGUGUUCAUGUGCCACAUAGAGGGGGCCAUCAACCGACUGCCGGCCCUCGAGAAGACGGGCAUCAAGUCGACCGUGUGCGGCCCCGAGUCGUUCACUCCCGACCACAACCCCAUCAUGGGCGAGGACCCUCGGGUGCGCGGCUUUUACCACAACUGCGGUUUCAACUCGAGCGGCAUGAUGCUGGGUGCCGGCUGUGGAUGGCAGACGGCAGAGUGGAUCGUCAACGGACGGCCCUCGCUCGACAUGUACGGCUUCGACAUCAGGCGCUUCAAUCCAGAGCUGUCUGCUAACAAGGAGUGGACCACAGCACGAAGCCACGAGGCGUACGCCAAGAACUACGCGAUGGUGUUCCCACACGACGAGCCACUGGCGGGCAGGAACAUGAGGAAGGACCCGCUGUACCAGGAGCUGCUGGAGCAGGGCUGCCAGUACCAGGAGCGGCAGGGCUGGGAGCGGCCCGGCUGGUUCUGCCUGCAGUCAGGCCCGGCGCCGGCACUGCCGUACGACUGGUACGGCGCGUAUGACACACCCGUCCACGAAAACCACGUCUACGCCGACAACCUGAAGAAGGAGUACUCGUUCGACUUCCCGCCGCACCACAGCGUGAUCCGUGACGAGAGUCUGGCAUGUCGCACCACGGCGGCGAUCUUCAACAUGAGCUACUUCGCCAAGUACUACGUGACGGGGCCGGACGCGCAGGCGGCCGUCGACUGGAUCUUCUCCAACGACCUGCAGAAGCCAGAGGGCUCCGUCGUGUACACGUGUAUGCUGAAUAAUCGCGGUGGUAUCGAGUCUGAUCUGACUGUCAGCGUACUGGAGCCGGGCCAGGGCGGCCCCUGCGACCCCUCCUUCCAGGGUCGCGGCUUCUACGUGGCCGUUGGCGGCGGGUUCGCGGAGCACGUGAAGGCCCACAUGGCCAACGCCAUCCAGGACCGGGGCCUGAACGUCACUCUGACUGACCGGUCGGAGGAUAUGGGUCUGCUCUCCGUGCAGGGACCAAAGAGUCGCGCCAUCCUGCAGAGUCUGACCUCGACCGACCUGAGUAACGAGACGUUCCCGUUCGGCACCACUCAGAUGGUGGAUAUUGGCGGCAUCCGAUGCCGCGCGCUGCGCCUCAGCUUCGUCGGCGAGCUCGGCUGGGAGCUACACAUACCCUCCGGCGAUCUGGUGACCGUCUACCGCCUGCUGAAGGCUGCCGGCGCCGAGUUUGGCCUGAGGGACGCCGGCUACCGGGCGAUGGACAGCCUGAGCGCCGAGAAAGGCUACAAGCACUGGCACGCUGAGAUCCGUCCGGACGACAAGCCGCAGGAGGCCGGCAUGCUCUUCACCUGCAAGCUGAAGACGGACCAGUCGUUCGCCGGCCGGGAGGCCGUGGAGCGUCAGAAGGCGGAGGGCGUCCAUCGCCGGCUGGUGACCCUCAGCCUGCCCCAGCCGCGCGCCCUCUGGGGUCUCGAGGGCAUCUGGAUGAACGGCGCGCCGGUCGGCUUCGUACGCCGCGCCGAGCACGCGUUCGCGCUGGACCGGAUGGUAGCCUACGGGUACGUGCGGCGGCCGGACGGCGGCAAGGUCACCAACGCCUUCCUGCGGGAGGCCGUCUGGGAGCUGGACGUGAUGGGGGAGCGGGUGCCGGCCGAGCUGCACCUGAAGGCUCCGUUUGACCCGCAGAGUCGCCGGCUGCAGGGCGACUACGGCGAGCUCGACGGCGAGGUGGUGCGCGCCGCCGUCUAGGAAGGUCGUGGGGGCAGGGGUGGGGAGGUGGUGCGCGCAGCCGUCUAGGAAGGCCGUGGGGACAGUGUGGAGACGGGAUGGUGCGUGCAGCCGUCUAGGAAUGCUGUGGGGACAGUGGAGUUGAUGGGAGGUCAUGGUUCGCGCAGUGGUCUAGGCGGACCACAGGCACAGUGGAGUGGACGGGAGGGAGGGACAGGACGGGAAAAUGAAAGAGAAUGUAGGGGCAGGGAGUUUGGGAAGGUAUGUAUGGGGACUAAAGGAAGGAGUCAGGGCGGUGGAUGGAGAGGGAGAGAAAAGGGGGACAUCGGAGUAACUGGAAAGGGACAUAAGACGGUGAUGACGAAGCACGUGAACGUCCGAACAUCCGAACACCGCCAACAUCUUUUACCGUCGAUGGGUUGCGAUGGCUCAACGAUUGGCUGAUAUGAUAAAACUAUAUGGAUUGGAUAGGAAAUCCGGUAAAGCUAGUGAUAGGAGAACAUUUCGAGCAUCACAACAUCCUGAACUGUUCGCGUGUGCCGAGGCAUUUCUAAUUUUCGCAACGCAAGUUUUUUCAGCAUACCAAGCGGAAUGCCUAUUCCACAAGCUCACUCGUAACCCCUCACUUCACUAUGCUAGGCAAUCUCAACCCACAUUCUGGCUUGUGGCAAUGAUCAUGCCUUACUCGGAGGUCUGUGUGGUGGCGUAGCGUGAAGCGCAAUGUAUCUGAACGGAUAUGUGAAUCUAGUAGUUCGGUAAUUGGAUCGGUGUAAUGUGUAUGGCUGUUGCUGACCGACCUGGCUCUCGCUGGUCGGCGGUGCUUAAGCACGUUAAAUGCGGAUAAAUGCAAUCACUAGCUGUAUGAUUAUAUAGCCAUUGUUGUUUUACGUUAAUAGUCGCUAUUGUUUGUAUUGUUUACUGCAUAUUGUGCUGUACCCCGUAAGUUAUGAUGGUUUGAUGUUAAGUUAUAAUGGCCAGACUCACCAGGAGUCUGCGAGAAUUAGCAUGUUUGCAUCAAACCGCGGUAUCUUUCCGCGGUUAUGAGUAAUUAUCUUUUGCUGUGUGCUACGGUCACUGGAUAUAGUUGCACUGCUACGUUUUAAUGGCUCUAAUGGUGCAGUGCUAUAAGUGCUAUACCUACAAUAGAGCGCACAAUUAGGCAUGCUUCCUUGGGUCGGGCUCCAAUACCGAACGGACGCGGAAGACAUGACAUGAGCUCUUCUGUAGACAGUAAGGAAGCAGCAUGUGUAACGAAGCAAUGCAAUACCUAUGGUAAUUAAGCGCUGCAGUUGAGUGGUGUAACUGGAUCUGUGUUUGGUAAUCUAAUGGCUAUUCCGAAUAGUAAGCCGAACAGCUUAUUACUCAUUUGGUGAAGAAUCGUGUGAAACAAAUAUGUCGGCAUCUAACGCAGUCCCACGACCUUAGUUACCUAAUACCACGAGGCUGCUGGUAUGUUUGGCGAUCACAUUAACACCAAUAUUCGCAAAAACAGCUGUCUCCUCAUCAGUAUAAUGUGAAGGUGAACGCAUGAGUGCUACCAGUACCACUGUAGAUUUAGCCGGAGUGCAAACCAGUGCUUCGAAAGAAUCAUUACUGGAUGUGUUUUCAUAUUGAACGAUGCAUCCAAUUGAAUCGUGCGAUCUGGCUUCAAUCUGUUGUUUAUAUUUUAGAUUUCGCAAUGCAAUGGUUAUAUACUUGCACAUGCUCUGUUUGCUGUUUUAUAUUAGUUGUACGUUCACCAUCCGCCGGUAUAUUAUGCCUGUAUUGUGUAUGAUUUUGUCGGUGUUCGACAUAAGCACUGUUUCUGUGUAAUAA